AUGCCCGAAAAGCAAGCGUCGGGUGUCGCUAUAACUUCAUAUAACGCCGGAGAAGCAGAUAAUCUCCACGGAGACCAGCCUUCUAGCCAUGCUGCUCAUGAACGAACGGUGGGCGGCUUUUCCCAGAAUGACAAUCACACGGUCAGGCCUGGCCGCAUGAUGUCGAGUGACGACCAGACGAUUUACGUAUCUAGCGUUCACUGGGCAGCAAUUUGUAACGAGAUUGCAUGCCUUAGAGAGAAUUUUCAUGAGCAGGAAGCACAAAACCACAUGGAGACUAUGGUGCAGAGCCAAAGAAGUAGCGAGCCCCUGCUAUUGGAUGGCGUAAGACAAAUAUCCAGCGUGGAAGACAUUCUAUCCGCCAUCCCUCCAAGGGAUUUUGUGAACAGAUUAAUAUCCCGAUAUUUCAAUUCCAAGGAUCCUUCAGUUGCUGCCUUUCACCUGCCAUCAUUUCAGCUUGAGUAUAAACGCUUUUGGGAUAACCCGCGUGCCGCUUCCCUUCCUUGGAUAAGCCUAUUAUUUGGAGUAAUGUCUCUAAGUGUGUUUCUCCAUAUGCGCUCUGGAGACAAACUGCCCGAGGCGUUCGGGAAUCCUGGAGACAUGAGGGAUGACUUCCAUCGACGCUCCACCGAAUGCCUGCUCUUGUCGAAAUACUCUACUGAACCUGGCGCAUACACCAUUGAGGCACUCCUCUUCAACAUUCACAAUGAGUUUGUGCGAUGCAAAGAUGCUCAUUUAGGCGUUUGGAUUCUGGCUGGCAUUGCCACACGAUUAGCGAUGCGAAUGGGAUAUCACCGUGAUCCAAGCCACUAUUCACAGUUGUCCGUGUUUCAGGGUGAGAUGCGCCGCCGCUGCUGGGCGAGUAUCUUGCAGAUGGAUGCGCUCUUUUCCUGUCAGCUUGGAUUGCCGGCCAUGAUUCAAGAAUCACAAUAUGAUACACAGCUCCCAUCCAAUCUUCUGGAUGAAGACUUUGGUCCCGAUUCCGUCAAGCUUCCGAAAUCACGGCCCGAGACCGAUCUCACUCCCGUGCUAUACACGAUUACGAAAACACGAUUUUUAUUGUUGUUUCGUGUAAUAUUCAACCAGGUUGCUCUACAAUGUGUGGCAGAGUAUGAUGAGAUUAUUGCACUAAGUCAACGUCUUGAAAACGCCUAUACCCUUAUUUCUCCCCAUUUUCGAAUGGCCUCUCUUGAAGAUUAUAUAACAGUUCCGCCUUAUUCAUUAAUCCAGAGGUACAACUUGGAGCUUCUAUUCCAAAAGACGCGAUGCAUUCUGCACCGCCAUCAUAUGGCGAAAUCCUACCAAGAACCGAAAUAUAACUUUUCCAGGUAUUCAUGUGUUGAAGCGGCAAUGGCGAUUUUAACGCACCAUGCCAACAUUCACAAAGAAGUGCAGGUCGGAGGUCUUCUUCACAGAGAAAAGUGGUUUAUUUCAUCACUUGAGCAGCACGAUUUCUUGCUAGCUUCCAUGAUUGUCUGUCUCGAACUCACUUCACAGACUCAAUCUAAUCCAGAACACGACGACGAAAUGACCGGAUUGGUGAAGUUUGACCGUCAAGAAUUGAUCAAAGCGCUGGAAACUUCGAAAUUAUCUUGGCAUAGGCUUAAAUCAGACUCCUUUGAAGCGCAAAAAGCAUUCGAUAUGCUGUCAAUCAUGCUAGAUAGGGUUUCGAUGGGCACACAGACAGAGAGAGAGCGACGUCUUAUGGAAAGAGGCGCUGAGCAUGAUAACGGCAACCAUACGGUAUCUCGGCAUAUGGAUUACGAUCCUAUGCUGGUGCCAAGCACGUUGGAGGGCGUGGAGCGUCAAUUAGGUACACUGAAGUCCUCACAAACUACCGAUACACCAUAUCUCAAUGAAAUGGAUUCAUUUUUGAAUGGCCAAGAUAUGAUAGAUUGGAACGCGUGGGAGCUAUUCUUGAAAAAUUCCCGCGGGGAAUCACGAGGCGCUUGA